UUGGGGCUUCGGGUGAGAAUAGACAAGACCGAAGCUCUCCUCUUCCGCGGGACUGGGCGGAAAGGACCCCCGCCGGGUGCCACCCUCCUCAUUGGAGGAGGGAGGGUCAGGGUGAGUCCCACCAUGAAAUAUCUGGGGCUCACUCUUGACGGAGGGUGGACCUUCGUGCCUCAUUUCAAGGAACUGGGGCCGAAGGUCGUGAGGACGGCAGGUGCGCUGGGAAAAUUCCUCCCGAACCUCGGAGGACCCAGCGCAGCUUGCAGGCGGCUAUACUCUGGGCUCCCGUUUGGGCUGAUCGCCCAAUGA